AGUGCAGUGCAGUGGUCGUAGUAGUUUGCGUAGUGGAUGUUUUUCAAUCUCCUGACUCCUGGCGUCUGCAAAUAUCAAGAAUUACUUAAAUCGUGUGAUUAAUAAAUAAUUUGUAAAAAAAAAUGUCUUUGGCCGACGAACUUCUUGCCGACCUCGAGGAGAAUGACGACGCGGACGCGUUUAUGGAGGAGCCGGAGCCGCAAUUUAUUCCGACCUCGGUUUCCAAAGUCAUAGAAGAAGAGAUAAAGGUGUCCUCCGUUCGAGAGUUGGCUAAGCUACGAGAUUCGGCGCAGUUGCAAUUAGUUAUGACACAGAUUGAAAAGCACGGCAAGGUACCUAGAAAGUCGACCGAUAUUAUAGGACCUGUGGAAUCCGAUCCAGAGUAUCAAUUGAUAGUCGAAGCUAAUAACAUGGCAGUAAAAAUUGACAAUGAGAUAGCUAUUAUACAUAGAUUUACGAGAGAUAAGUACUCAAAAAGAUUUCCAGAAUUGGAAUCCUUAGUGGUAGGACUAUUAGAAUAUGUGAUGACUGUUAGGGAAUUGGGCAAUGACCUGGACAGAGCCAAAAAUAAUGAGACCUUGCAACAGUUUCUUACUCAGGCCACAAUUAUGGUUGUUUCUGUGACAGCAUCGACCACUCAAGGCCAGUUGUUGACAGAGGAGGAGAAAGAAGCCAUUUGUGAGGCUUGUGACAUGGCAGUGGAAUUAAACAAUUGUAAAUCAAAGAUAUUUGAGUACGUAGAAAGCAGAAUGGCGUUCAUCGCGCCAAACCUGUCGAUAAUCGUCGGUGCAUCAACAGCAGCCAAGAUUAUGGGUGUCGCAGGCGGUCUGACGAAGCUUUCCAAGAUGCCAGCUUGUAACCUUCUAGUCCUUGGAUCCCAGAAAACCACGCUCUCUGGAUUUUCGCAAGUCACAACCUUGCCUCAUACGGGCUUUAUAUAUUAUUCUGACAUCGUACAAGAGACUCCCCCUGAUCUACGGAGGAAGGCAGCAAGGCUAGUCGCGUCGAAGAGCAUGCUGGCGGCUAGGGUGGACUCUUGCCACGAGAGCACGGACGGACACAUCGGGCAGAUGCUGCGUGAGGAGAUCGAGAAGAAGCUGGACAAGCUGCAGGAGCCGCCGCCCGUGAAGUUCGUGAAGCCGCUGCCAAAGCCGAUCGAUCCCGGUCGGAAAAAGCGCGGUGGCAAACGCGUCCGCAAGAUGAAGGAGCGCUACGCGAUCACGGAAUUCAGGAAGCACGCCAACAGGAUGAACUUUGCGGACAUCGAGAGUGACGCCUACCAAGAAGAUCUUGGCUAUUCGCGUGGAACGAUUGGCAAGGCCGGCACUGGUCGUAUCAGGCUGCCGCAGAUCGACGAGAAGACGAAAGUCAGGAUAUCCAAGACGCUGCAGAAGAAUCUGCAGAAGCAGCAGCAAUGGGGUGGCAGCACGACCGUCAAGAAGCAAGUCUCCGGCACCGCUUCCAGCGUGGCUUUCACUCCCUUACAAGGUCUCGAAAUCGUCAAUCCGCAAGCCGCAGAGAAGAAGGUGAACGAGGCGAAUGCGAAAUACUUCUCCAAUACCGCCGGUUUCCUGAAAGUCAAGAAAACAGUUGAAAUAUGGAUGGAUAAUAACCGACUGCUAAAUAAAAAUAGUACCUGCGAUCUUGCAAACAAUUACGAGUCUACGAUGCAGUGCAUCCGUCGCUUAUCGCUGCGUAAAGAUUGAUAUCUUCGUAAACAUCAAUUCGCCCCUUUUAAAUGCACGUACCUACAUUUAUCCACUGAUAAUGUGGACAAUAGAAAAAAAUAGAGACCGGUGCUGAGUGUGGAUCUACGCCACGAUUGCACUGUGAAAAAUUUGCAGUGUUGCUUUCUUAUUGAUUGAUAAAAUUUGAUGAAUUUGAGAAAGUUGUUAAAGUAAGACCUAUUUGAUUUUUGCACUCCCUUAUGCUGGCAAUUUUCGCCAAUUGCUAGUAUUAGUAUCUUCUAUUAGAAAGAUGUAUGAUAUUGCUCCAUCUAUUCAUGCUACGUUCGUACUUUACACCCGCCGUAGAGCGAAAUAUAGCAAAACCUUCGCCGGCGAAAGUGCUCGAUUUCACAUCGACAUUAUUCAAUGAUAAUUGAAGGCUAAUAAAUGGGGAAACGUUUCGACUCGUAUCAUUAUUUGUCGCAUGAAUGGCAAAUUCCUUUGUAUUGCUUGCAAAUCAGGGGGAAUGGCAAUGAGAAAUAGAAACGGAAAUAGAUAUAGAGACAUAAAAAUAUAGAGAUAGAAUGAGGGGG